UCAAAAAUCCUUAAGCCAUUGUGCAGCCGAUUUCACCGCUCCACUUUUUCUCGAAGCUGUCACUUUCUUGACAGGCGCCCAGAUUUGACUCAUACGACUGGCGUAAUCAAUGACGAGGAAGGCGUUCGGUAAAUUGAGAGCGGCUUUUCCUAGCAACGACAAUAUCGAGGUGGUCGGAGCGAGAAAGGCACCAGUUCUAUCUUCCGAUAAGCUUAUAGCAAGGAUAGGUGCACAAACUUCACACAGUUUUAGUAGAGAUUCAGGAAUUUCUAGCGGCGACACUAUAGCAGACGCUGAAGAGUUGACCACAGGAAAAUCAAAUGGAUUUACCUUGGAAAAAACUUUUACAAGAUUUAUCUUAGACGAAAUCCUGCCGUCAGACAUAACCAACUGAACUUCUUCACAGAGAUUUCGCUGACGUGAUUUGUCGAUAGAGUACGCCUUAACAAAUGCUUCGACAGUCUCCAAAAAAUGUGGGAAAUUCCAGGCUGGUUUUCGAGAGCUGCCGAGAAAUUUUACAAAUGCUGUGAAUAGAUCAGCAUUGCAGCUACAUAACUUUGGAUAAGAAGUCAGAAGUGAACCAAUCGUUGAGAAAGCAAAGUUGCGAAUCCUAAGCUCGUUAUGAGUGAGGGCAUGAAGUAGAUGUGCGACGAAUAGUGUGAAAUGAGCACUCAUAGCAUUUGGAGUUACGGAACAAAUAACACGAAGAAGAGCUCUAAGAUGACCGCUCACGGCUGGAUCAUCGCCACAGUCUGA